AUGGCUAUACGCCAAAGUAGUAAAGAUAUCUCACCCUAUGUAGAUGCUUUAGAACAAGAAAUCAAAUUAAUUAGUAAAGCUGUUGGUAAGAAGAGGGUCUUAACACAGUUGCAUUUUGGGGGCGGUACCCCUAAUUUUCUCAAUGAUAUUCAACUUGAGCAGUUAAUUGGAACCAUAACAGACCAAUUUUCAAUCGAUAGAGCUGCCGAAUUUGCGAUUGAAGUUGACCCUCGAAUAUUUACUGAUGGUACAGAACAACUAUUGUCAAAGCUUGGUUUUAAUCGUUAUAGUCUUGGUAUCCAAGACUUUGAUAAACAAGUACAGCAAGCAAUUAACCGUGUCCAGCCAUUUCAACUAGUUAGAAAAGUUAAUGAAGCCUUCCGUAGAACAAAUCCGAAAGGUAUUAACUUUGAUCUCAUUUAUGGUUUGCCCCAUCAAAAUUUAGCUUCUUUUGCACGGACACUUGACCUUGUUGUCGAGUUAAAACCAGACCGUGUUGCGGUAUAUAACUUUGCGUACGUGCCCCAAAUCAAACCACAUCAGAGUCGCUUACCAGUAAAUAAAUUUCCAUCAUUAGAGGAAAAAUUUGAGCUUUAUCUGCUAGCAAUUGAGAAACUAACACAUGCUGGAUAUCGUCAUAUCGGAAUGGAUCAUUUUGCUCUUGAGCAGGAUUCCUUAAGUAAAGCACAAGCCGCAGGAAACUUGUACCGUAGUUUUCAAGGUUAUGCUGUCAAGCGUUCAACUCAUUUAAUUGGAUGUGGAAUCUCCGCAAUUAGUAAAGUUGGUAACGUCUUUGCCCAGAAUGUUCGAAGCCUUUCGCAAUAUACAAAAUAUUUGAGUCGUCAAGAGCUACCGAUAGAAAAAGGUCUGGUUGUUGACCAAGAUGAUCAAUUAAGAGAAUGGAUCAUUCAAACCUUAAUGUGUAACUUUGAACUCAAAUUCUCAGAAUUUGAGGCUCAGGCGGGUAAUACGAUUGACGUUCUGUUUCCAAAUGAAAUGGUGCAUUUACAGGAUGCUGUUCAAUUGGAUUUAUUAACUAUAGAUCAGGAUGCGAUACGCUUAACAGAAAACGGGCGGCAUUUUAGUCGUAAUAUCGCUGUGGUUUUUGAUCGCCAUCGUAAACACGACCAAUGGAAUACAUUUUCCAAAGCAGUCUAG